GUACGUAUCUCACUGAGUCACUGCCAUCUGAAUCAGAACAGGUUGGCCACAUUCGAGAAGCCGUUGAAGCGUGAUCAUGGCGCGUGUUGUUUGCAGGUCGCAGCUCCUCAAUGCAGGCUUGCACCUCCCUUCCAGUCGUGUGUGCCAGCGGAAAACCCAAAAAUUGCAUCCUCUUGGUGCCUUGUCAGACAGAUAUGCAGAAACAGAAUGCGCGCUUCUGAGAUGUUUGCUCCUCCGGCGCCCUGGGAGGUUAUCUAGUCAAAGCAAGGGGGCACGAUGUGCGGCGGAAGUGCAGAGCCCCGCGAAAGCUUCAGAGUCAGAGGGGGAUGGAGUUCAAGACUCCGAAAAGGUGGCGGUCAAGAGAGUUCCCAAGGCAUCGCAGCAGCAAGUGAACCAGCGGGCCAAGGACUCCGACUGGAAAAGCGCGCAGCAACUCUUUGAGAGCGGGGAACUAGUCAGCGCGAAAGUCGAGGGGGCCAAUAACGGGGGGGUGCUUAUCAAGCUCGGGAGCCUGCUCGGGUUCGUCCCCUUCUCGCAAAUACGGUCGAAUGACGGGACGAAGAGUCUAUCGGAAGUCGGGGCAUCGCUCGUGGGGAAAACGAUCACGGCGAAAGUGAUCGAAGUCAAUCGGAAGGCGGGGCGUUUCGUUCUUUCAGAGAAGUUGGCAGCCUGGAUCGAGGCCGCGCAGCAACUCACAGUCGACGAAGUUCGAGAGGGGAGAGUCGACUCGCUAACGGAUUUUGGGGCGUUCGUAGACAUCAAAUUCCCAGACGGGUCAUAUCCAAUCAGCGGGCUGGUUCACACGAGCGAGCUGUCAUGGGACCCGGUACAUCACCCCGAGGACUUGCUGACGGUCGGACAGGAAGUGCGCGUGAAGGUCGUCAAUGUCGACAUGGAGCGCAUGCGCCUCGCGCUGUCGCUCAAGCAGCUCGAGAACGACCCGCUGCUCGAGACGCUCGACACCAUCAUGCCGGCCGGCUAUGACGACGACUUGACUGACGAUGAGCUGGCGGUGCUGCCGCUGCCGGGACUGGAGGACAUUUGCAACGAGCUCCAAAAAGAAGAUGGGGUGCUGUCGGUGGCGCUGGGGCGGCAGGCGGUGGAGAAGCGCGUCGUAUCGCAGGACCUCGAGCUGUGGCUCAGCAACGCGCCCGCAGAGAACGGGUACACCCUGCUCGCGCGCGCGGGCCGCCAGGUACAAGAGGUGAUGGUUGAAACUACGUUAGAUCGAGAGGCUAUGAAAGCAGCAAUCCAAAGAGUCACGACUAUUGUACCUUAGACCUUCUGGUGGAAUACGCUGCACAACUGGACCAAUGACUACAAAUGGUCCUGGAAUCCAAUUAGUCAGGUUCAUGACACUUUCGUGAAAGAACACUUGCGUUAUGCUCUUCGACUUUGCCAAAGUGUUUGGAAAUUGUGCACAAUUCCAAGUGAACAGUUACCAAGUCCUAGUUGAGCUUCUGAGCAGAAACUUCUGCUCUAUUAGAGUAAGAUUUUAUGGUGACCGUCAGUAUUAUGAGCAAUAAGUUAGGCCACGCUAGCUGAGCGCCAAUCAUUGCGGGUCCGACUGGGG